AUAGUGAGACUUAUAGUCUUUCUUUAUUAAUAAAAAAAAUGUUCGUUCUAUGUGUAUAUAAAUAUGCGUUCAUUACUCCCUAGUUUCUCAUCACACAGCAACCCUUAGUUACGCAGUUAAACCGUUCAAUUCAUCGGCAGUCGACAUGGCGUUCAGCGUGUUCGGCAACCCCAUCACCGACGAGACUCUGAAGGCAAUGACCAAAUACAUCGGCAAGAAAAUAACGCGCUGCGACCGUGCACACGAGGCUCUUAAUAUGAUAUACGCGGAGAGCAAGAACGUGAACGCCCUCCAUUUUGUGGAGAUAUUGAAGGAGCAGUACGGCAAUGGAGUCUCCACGCUUUGUGUGGUCUACAAUGCCACCGGUGAUCCUAUCACUUUUAUCAGUACCCACGAUUGGCACGGGCAUCUCUGGGAAGCCCCCAUCCCGCAAUAUCUUGCCAACGGUCAGUGGGGUGCUUUCCUGCACGUGCAUCCCACUCUCGGGAUAACAGGAUCGUCAGCUGCUGUCGUCUAUCGUGGUAAGAAUGAUGCUGGGGAAGACCAAGACUUCAUGCUUUCGUGGAUGAACCCGUAUUGGCCAGGCUACUGUAAGGCCUAUACAAUGGUUCGUGAAGCAGGUUACUUUACCAAAAACAGAUGGGGUCAACUACAAGAUAAAACCAACGAUGCUGAACUCCAGUGGAGUGAUGAAUGCAAUGGAUGCAAGUCUAGUGUGUCCAUCGGUAAUAACACUACGGCUGUUUAUGAGGCCAAGCUCACUCUUACUUGCGCUGAGGGGACCAAGUAG